AUGGCCGCCUCCGCGCCCGCGCCCACCGUCCCCUCCCUCAAGCAGGCCUUUCUCGCCGCGCAAACCACCCUCCUAGCGCAGCCGCUCUCCCCCUCGGCCGCCUGGCGCGCCGCCAACGACGACAGCGACGCGUUGGGUGGUGACGGCGGCGGCGCGCCCGUCCCCGCCCGCGCCCUCGACGAGGCCCUCCUCGCGCUCAACAACACCCUCCAGCAGCACGCCCGCCGCGUCUACCCCCCGCAGGCCUCCCGCAACGUCGCCGCCCAAAUCGCCGCCGCCUACGACCGCGACGCCGAGCGCAGGGUCGGCGCCGACGCCGCCAACGACGCCGAGGCUCUAGGUCGGGAGCUUGAUCUCACGGACGAAGGGGUUCUCGAAGCGCUGCCAGAAUCGUGGCCCUCGGAGCGCGACUGCAACAACCACCCCGCCGAGGCGAAGCGGUAUGCAGACACGGUCGCGCGCCUCGUCGAGCUCAGCGCACGGCGCAAGGAUCUCCGCCGUCGCGUCCAGCGGCUGCGGGGCCUCGAGGCGAGCAUCGCGCCGCUCGACACGGCGGACGGCGCCGCCGGGCGCAUCCAGGAUAACCUCGUCACGCGCAACGGGCCCGUCGAAACGGAGCUCGAGCGAAUGCGCGUCCUGCUCGCACGCGUGGCGGGUCGCGUCAGUGAGCUCCCCGUGAAGAGCUUGGCGACACAGCCUGACGGCGCCGAGGUCGACUUGGACGCCCUGGACGGGGCCCGAAAGCGCAAGGUCGACGAGUUUCUGGCCGACCCUCGUGUUUUUCCGUCUUGA